AUGUCUUCCAAAAAACAAACCCUCGCCACCUACAACUGGCAAGAAGCAGACCCACGAUUCGCUCCACUACCUGGGAGAUCUCGCGCAAACCACCCCAUGGCCAAAAUCAUCGUCAUGAAGCACCACGAAAUGCAAAAGUUCAUGGUCCACAAAGAGCUAAUCACUCAACACCAACCUCAACUUUUCGCUAAGAUCCUCAGGGACGUAGGAGAUACGAACUCAUUCACGCUGGUCGAAGAUCCCAAAGUAUUCCUAGGAUUACUGCAAUAUGCAUAUCGCGGUAGAUUUUGGCUUGCCGAAACCGUGCUAAAUAUUGAGGUUUUGUGGGAUAUAUAUAUCUUUGCCGAGAAAAAGGACAUUCAGCCCCUGCUAGAUAUCAUGAUGAAUCGCAUUACCGCCUAUUACUGCCAGACCCGAACUUUUCCUUCGAUGGAUACCAUCGUGCAUGUUUACUCGCAGACGACGUUGGAAGAGUCUGAAUCUGUUGUGCAGAAAGCUUCCGUGGGUCGACGUUUUCUUGCUCGAUGUUACGUCUCUAUUUCGAUCAACUGUAUCUUUGGCGCGAGGUGCGAGGAGAGAAGUGAGCGGGUUGCUUAUGUUCUUCAGCAUACUGAGGGUCUUUUGUCGGAUACUUUGAAUGCCACUCGUGGUCCUGGUGGGCCUUUUGGGACUCAGUGGAAGGUGGAUUUGGAUCCGAGAAAAGUCAAAUCCUGUGAUUAUCAUCAACAUGGAAUUAGGGAAAAGUGUCCUAACAUUCAAGAGACACCUUUCAACAGUGAGACUGAUAAAUGA